AACUUGGAUCACAAGCUGACCCAAUAAAUGGGGGUUGGGUCGAAAGUUGGCACAACUGUGAGGUCUGAAGGACGGAAGAUUAUUGGGAAGUUGGGAGAUUGGGAGAUCCACCCGGGUCACCGAGUCCCGAACCCUAAUUAAAUCCGUCCAACUCCAAAGUUUGACUGGAGUCACUGGACAGUCACUGGACCCCGAGGGAUAUUUUCACUUACGUACAACUACAUCCAAUGUCCUCUGCAUUAACGACUUCAUGUCAUUACUGUCAUGCAUUAGGGUAUAAAGUUCAUUCCCCCUUGCUCUCCACACGCCGCAUAAUACAACUACAUCCCUCUGUUAGAAAAGAACAACAAUUGUGUGAGAGAAAGAGAAGACGUCAAACCCCAUCACCAUCAGCACAGAUCAAUGCCGAGGUCCAACGCUCACUCAUAUUUCGGAGUCCUGCAAGGCUCCACUUGGCCGUCCUCCCCAAAUUAGGACAUUGCUGCGCAAUAAAUCUCUAUUCGCUGCAACGGUCAACGCAGGGUGGCAGUCGUAUCCUGGAAUGGCUCCACUCACCGGGAGUGGAGUCAAGCCCAAGUCCAGCCAGCAUCGCCGUCGAUGGUUUUAACUUUCAUGCAGUAUCAAUGCUUUCCGGCCCUUCCCACCAGCACGAAGAGCACCGGAUGGUCCUGACUAAUCCUUUUUCCUGAGCCAGACUCAGCCAGUCGCUUCGCCCCGACAGGAAAUCAGGGCUUUUGUCCUUUUUUUGCCGGUCAUCCGAGAACUAGCUGCAGCAAUGGGGCCUUCGAGGAGCUGAACCACCACUCAGGGCGAACGAGAUCAAUAUCAAGAAAUGGUACGAUAGCUGGAUGCAUACUUAGCUCGGA